CCCACAAACCAAACAUCUUCUUCUCCUUCUAUUCUCAUAUCAUACACUUUUCCAUUCUCUUCCAUCUCAGUUUCAUUAAGCAUGGCCGUUUUCACAUUCGAAGACGAAACCACUUCUCCUGUGGCUCCUGCCACCCUUUACAAAGCUCUUGUGAAAGACGCCGACAACAUCGUCCCAAAGGCGGUUGAUUCCUUCAAGAGUGUUGAAAUCGUGGAGGGCAACGGUGGCCCCGGAACCAUCAAGAAGAUCUCUUUCCUUGAGGAUGGAGAGACAAAGUUUGUGUUACACAAAAUAGAAGCAAUAGAUGAGGCAAACUUGGGAUACAGCUACAGCAUUGUUGGAGGUGUUGCCUUGCCAGACACUGCAGAGAAGAUCACAAUCGACACCAAACUCAGUGAUGGCUCCAACGGAGGCUCUGUGGUGAAGCUGAGCAUAAAAUACCACAGCAAAGGAGAUGCUCCACCCAACGAAGAUGAACUCAAAGUUGGCAAAGCCAAGAGUGAUGCUCUCUUCAAGGUCAUCGAGGCUUACCUUUUGGCCAAUCCUUGAUCAAGUGUCUGAUUAAGAUAAAGUUACGUGAAUGUUUACUUUCUUUUCGCCAUUGCUGGCACAGUUAUGUGAGGGCUUGAUGUCCUUUCAAUAAAUCAAUAAACUAUAAUAAAAGAUGUUAUCACUUCAA